CACUUCCGGUAGCGUUUCCUGUCAGUGUUUGUAAACUGAGAAAAAAAUUUGCGUCAAGUAAUAACCUAGAAAACUGUAAAAAUUAAAGGGCUUUGGCCUCCAUGAUUUGGGUGGGUGUGGUCUCCUGUGUUAGCCCUCACCCUGACUGAGGUCAGCUAUGCCCCCCCCUCCCCCAAACACACACAAAUUCAAAAGCACGGCGAUGACACAUUCAGGCAACUCUGUUCGAGACCAUAUGAAAUGGGCUUGCUUGCUGGGCUGUGAGGCGGUGCUGUCCAGCAUGGCCCUGAUGCAAGCCAACAACAUUCCAGGUCAAAAAAAGAUGAUGUCAUCAUUGGGUCACGGGCACCGGGGGACUUCUGAGAGCAACCAAAGCCACUCGCACCACAGCCACCAUGGACACCAAGGUCAUCAUUCACAAACCAACAGCCACAUGGGCCACAUGUCUGCGGGGAGCUGUCCACCACUGCUGAUCCAAAAGGAUGGCGAUUACCACACAUCGAGAAUAUUGGAUGGGAAAAACAUGCAUACUAGCCAAAGUAUGCACAUCAAGAAAAAGCACAAAAAAUCUGUUAAAGUUAAGGAGGAAGUGCGGCCUUUAUUGCAUCAGCUCGACAUGGAUGACGAUGACAGUGGUCUGAAAAUCCAGAAGAAUUUCAUCUGUGACCACUGCUACGGAGCUUUCCGGAGCAGCUACCACCUCAAGCGACACAUACUCACACAUACAGGGGAAAAGCCUUACGCUUGUGACAGCUGUGACAUGCGCUUCAUUCAGCGUUACCACCUGGACCGACACAAGCGGGUGCACAGUGGCGAGAAGCCGUACCAGUGCGAUCGUUGCAAUCAGACCUUCUCACGAACAGACAGGCUGCUGAGGCACCGGCGCUUGUGUACCGCCGGGAUCAGCAAAGACGACAACCAGUCGUGUUGCGAUAGUCGCUCAUCUGCUUACUCGCAGGGCACAUCUGGCCACACGGCUUCCUGGAGCCCCUUACAGUCUUCCAACAGCCGCCUGACUGUCUGACCCCUAAACCCUUGUUCCCCACAAAGACCUAAUGGACAGUUGGUGACUCAGUAACAUUGAUGCGCAACAUCAGUGAAACCUAAAUACAAUUUAGAUUACACAACUAGCUAAAACAAGCAUACUUAAGUUAGUUUGAUCAUGGAUUUUUGUAUCUUUUUAUCUUCGUUGUUGAGAUCAGAGGGGAAAGACGUCAUCUCUCAACAAGGCUCUCUCUUCACAUUACGAUUGCAAUAAGUGGAUGAUAUGCACUCACAUCUUAUCACAGUGAAGACUUCAAUAGCACUGCUGCCAUUGGAUACACUUAAGGUGUUUUUGACAGUAUUGGCUGCUGAGUGUUGGGCAGCAUGUCUUUGAUUGUCCUGCUGAGUCCAGAAAUCAAGCCCUGCUUCUACAAUUUGACUUUUGGAUUUCUGUCGAGGUCACGAGCAACACAGAUUGUUUUGUAACUGUUUUUCCAUCACACAAGACUCCAUUACCUUGCGUUAGCGAUUAGCAGCCCAUAUAAUACUGUAGGUUUUGUGUUGUAAUUGAAAAUCGAUGUACAUUUUAAUCUGUACAAAUUUAAGGGAAUUGUUACAAUAAGAUUUUCAACAUAUUAAAAAAAAAAAAAUUCCAAUGGCAAAACUAAAAGGCUCAUGGUCGAAUCCAAAUGUGCAUUUAAUCCUCCUCUUUGUUUUUACUUUUUAAUUCUGCUAUUUUUUUUGUCAUUGUAACCUCCAUUCUGCUCUAGUUCAGGUUGUGGAUGGAUGUGUCUGUUUGUCUUGUUUUUGGAUCGAUGUUCCAGCUCAGUCGUACAUUCGUUUCAGACAUUUUGUGGGACGUGGGCUGGGCCAACUGUUCAAGUUGAGCUGUUAGGUUGUAGUUUUAGUCUGAGACCAGGAAGCUCUUGCCACCGUCUCAACCUGAUUGAAUGUGAAGACACUGUGCCAUGCCCUUUAUGUCUAGUUUGAAACAGUUUAGCAUCUUCAGUGAAGAUGAUGUGGCAUUUUUUUAAAUUGACAACAUCUUACAUUAUUUCCUGUUGAGGUUUGUGUUUGGUUCAAUCUGUAAACACUGGACUGAAGCAAUUAGUUCAGUUGUAGGACACAUAUUUUUUCAUGAUUUUUCUGUCUUGACAGAACUUUUUUUUUUUUCUUUCUAUUAGAAGCGUAGUUGUGUUGCUGUUUUUAGACUACACGAAAAGUGUCGGGGGCCCAUCGUGCCGUCUGCUCAUUAAGUUAAUAUAUAUAUAUUUAAAUUGUAUUAGAAGUAGAAAACUUAAUGUGUGGGACCUACAUUCCAAAAAAAUCCAAAUAUUUACAAAUGUGUGAAGUGUAGUCUGACUUGUGAGGUUUGAAGGUGAAUAACCCUUUGAUUUGCAAAUAGAAUUAUGAAGCAGCCACUUCUUAACCUCUAGUACAUGAGCCAGGAUUGUCAUAUUUUUUUAUUUUUCUGCAUUUAUAUAAAUGUAUAAACCCCACCUUAACUAGUCAUUUCAAAGUUGAAAUGGUGUACUUUUUAUGCUGAUUAUACUGCAUUGUGCAUGGAAUUUUAGGGCCCUAAGUCUCAAUAAAACUAUUAAUUCA